GCGAACGACGUCCAUGUCGAAUGCACGUCUACGAUCCUGAUGAAGUUGCUCGAGUCGUUCUGAACGUCUAUUCUACAUUGGCCUUUAAACCUCCAGGAGAUAAAUUUACCAUUCUUGCUGCUUUUCUUCUAUGGAACACGUCCUCUGAUGAACUCAAAAUCAUAUCACUCGCGACUGGAUCAAAAUGUCUGCCAGAGAUACGUCUUUGCGAAGAGGGGGAUGUCCUCCAUGAUAGUCAUGCAGAGGUGCUGGCUAGAAGAAGUGCCAUUCGGUGGUUUCUUGAAGAAGUAGACCGAUCUCAUACCUCACCUUCCGACUGGAUCGACCGACCACGUUCUGAGAGGUUUGCUCUGAGGUCAAACGUACAGGUCGUACUAUAUGUCUCUACAGUACCAUGUGGUGACGCGUCGAUGCGCUACUUGGCAUCAUUCCAGGACGCUGAAAUGGCCGCACUAAAGGACUCUUCCCAGUUUCCGGUUUUGCCACCAAACGUCGCAUCCAGAGGACGGGACAACUACUCGUUGUUUGGCGUCCUCCGUACGAAGCCCGGUCGUGCAGACUCUCCUCCGACACGAUGCAUGUCAUGCAGCGACAAGAUCGCGAGUUGGAAUGUCCUGGGUUUCCAAGGAGCUUUGGCGUCGCGUAUUUUGGAGCCUUUAUACCUUGAUCAUAUCGUGAUCGGUGAUGUCGAUGAUUCUCUGCAAAGUGUUGUGCAUGAAGACUGUGAAAGAGCCUUCUGGCGACGAUUGGAAGGGUUGGAUGUCACCCAGCUACCCACCAGAUUCUCAUUGCGAAGGCCUACAGUGUCUUUCACGAUGGUCAGAUUUGUGCAUUCUUCGUUGUCGCUUGGAUUGUCGAGUUCCUGCAAUGACUCCCUCUGUUGGACAGCUGAUUCUACUCCAACCCACGAAGUACUUAUAAACGGUUUAAAGCGCGGCGUUCCACCCAAACAUCGUCACAAUCCAAAGUUUAGACCUCGACUCUGCAAGCUGUCGCUGUUCAAUCUCUACCGUCGAAUAGCGGCAAGCAUUCAUACCAACUCUCAGUUCGAUACACUCACGUACCGCGAGACGAAACAGUCGAUGGCUGACUAUCAAGCAGCCAAGGCAGUUCUCCAGGGACCUAACGGCCCGUUUGCUGGUUGGAUCAAGACAGGGUCGCAAUGGGAAAGCUUUGACUUCGACGGCAUUCCGCGAGAGCCGCUGCUGGACGAAGAUUCUUCAGCGGUUUCUGAUAAACAGAUCUAAUACUGAGGCUAGCAGGGAGAAAGAUUGAUAGAAUACACUACUUUCGAAAGUGAGGUGUGGAUGAGGUAAAACUCGGGGCAGGUCAUUGGCUGCGUUGAGAUCCGAUUACGGAACAAGGAGAUCCGGGCUUCAUUUUGGGGAUGCCGUUACUCAGGAGGACCGAGUAGACCUUCGUUCAGUCGAGGCAAGCGCGGCCUUCAGACGGCGCAACAGUCCGUCAAAGCGUCGAGAAACUCGCUGUAGGUAAUGUUGUUCAAAGGAGCGGUUGAAGCCUUGAGAACGACUUCGGAGAUGGGGCUCACUGUUAUGAAGAAUCCGGACCUAAAGCACCUGCUAUAUCCAAUUUGCUCCAGUGUCUCCUCCGUGGCAUUUGGAAAGAAACAACUUUCAGUGUCAUGUGGUGUUGGGAUAUAGGAACUGCUCGAUACUGAGGACACCUAACGCGAGCCUUUGCUUAGGAGAGAGAUAAUGGAACAUUCCUUGUACCACGUACCUCAUCACUGCCAUCAUCCUCUUUCCCCAUAACCCGCGACUGACUCGAAUACCAGAACAAAUACACAUCAUAAUCUGCUUCGAUCUCCUUGACGUCGAGGACUUGUUCAACCUCGCGUUCGGACGCAUCGGCGUACAUGGCUAUAGCGGAUCCUGUCAGAACACGCAUUUUGGAUGGACGAGGUGUUGGGUGUGGUGGUGGCAAGAUGAGAAGAAGUCUGGGGCACGACCUAUUUGAAGAAAUAGGCGAUGGUCAACUUCCUUGCCUCGAGUUCUUCAGGUAACUGAUGGAAUUUCCGGUUCGGGCGACAGGAGUCACCAACCUUGUUUGGAAUGGACGGUUGCUUGCCGUUACUUAGCCGUAGAUGUCCUCGGUCGCAGGGUCGGGAAGAUUGCUGGAAGGAGUAGGAGCGGUCCUAGGAUGGCUCUUCGCAUCAGACUGCGAGGUUCUUUUUUCAGCUCUGGAUCUUUUUACAUGGACGGGAGGUUCCUUGAAACUUGGCAUGGCAUGGCAUGGAUCGCCCACGGCAACUGCGACUUCCCUGCUUCUUUGAUGCUGUGUAACGGCGCGCAAGCCAGGCUUGUCGUUCACUUUCGCGAUUUUUGGCACAUGCAUCAUUCCAUGAAGUACGCUUCUGGUAACUGCCGUGUGAGUCAACUCUCGCAUGGAUUCGCCUCCUAUCAUGUUUGCUAUAUACUGCGAUGAUGAUAAAGCAGCUCGUCUGCAGAGAUGUUUUCAGGGAAUUGCCUGAAUAUCCUUCCAUGGAAUCCCUAAUCGAUGUACGGUUAAUCAUGAUGCUGCUUCGUGUU